CACUCCAGCUCGAAGCAUGGGGUAGGUUACGUCCGACUGAUGAAAAUACUGUUGUCAAACUGACCAGGGCGCCGAACUAUACUGCGCAGGUGCGUAAUUUCGCGCCUAGCCGUCACUUUUUUUUUCAUUAGAAUUUAUACUCUAUUCAACGAACAACAAUUACCGAACAUCGAAAAACCAAUUGUAUCGUUUAAUCCGAGAACUCGCGUCAACGCGUUACGAUCGUCGAUUCACGGAGUUUCAACUUUCCCCCGAAAUAAGAUGCUAGGUUAUAUCGAUUCGAUUCUCACAGCGUUCACAACAUAUUCGUACGUUCGCGUUUAUCUCCGCGAGAACCGAUAUUACUAAGAACGUUCUCCCUCGCGCGGCGCGAUACUUUCUCACUGUGCAUUUAAAAGGUGUAAACGACGUCCGUGCAAGAGCAAAACAACAUGCGAGGCAGCCUUCGGGACCGCCAUCUUGUUUUUUUAAAAUGAGUCAACAGGUAUUCUCUGUUGGCCAAGUUAAUACGUUAACGCUGCCAGGACGUCGAACCCCAACCGGGAAUUUUCGUGGUUCGUCGAAUAAAUCGAACCCGCCGAGGCUCGGGUGCCGGUUAAUUUUGCGUUUCGAGUGAUAGAAGGCCGCGCGGCAUUUCGGAUAAAUGCUCUACUAACGUAGUGAGGUAUUUCCUGCUAUCUCGUGAGUUUCCAACGUCUUCGUUUGACAGAUUGUCGGUGUGUGUAUGCGUUCCGUUCCACGUGAAUUCUUUGUUUGGGCACCGGUCAUGUUUCUGACAAGCGUUAAAACUGUGGUGUGGUAGCGGCGACCUGGUACAUGGGUGGCCCUCCGUCGGUGAUGGCGGGGAAAGAUGGCAAGCUGGAGCCGAAAAGCGGGGACGUGGUGAGGCAGGGGUUCAUGGUGAAACGUUCCCAGAACAAGAAACGUUUCACCCCCGUCAACUUCAAGCAACGCUGGUUCGUUCUGACCAAGCGCUACCUCGUUUAUUACGACGGCGAUGGAGAGCGGCGCAAGGAGCGGGGUAGAAUCGCGGUCGAGAGCGUCCACGUGGUUGAAACGGCGAGCCUCGGGAGCAACGCCGGCGGCGGCGUCGGCAGCGAGGUGGCAGGCAGCGAGGCGGGAACAGGCGGGGGCGGAAUACCACCUGGGCUGCCGUUCCAGGUGGGCUAUCGAGAAGCCGGCCAAGAGUACACGCUCUACCUUCUGGCCGCCCGCGAGCAGGACCGCGCUGAGUGGAUCCGUGCCAUCCGUGCUGUGUGCAGCGAGAAUCCGGGGCUGAGCGGUCGUUAUCACGCCGGACUGUGGAGUGGAAAACGCUGGUCCUGCUGCCGCUUGUCGACACGGUCCGCGGAGGGCUGCGAUACUUGCAGCUCCUGGUCAUCGAAGUCGUUAAACGCAACGAACCCGUCCUCCACGUCCACUUCGAGCUUCAACUCCGCGCCCGGGACCACCGUCGCCACCUCCACCACCGCCGCCAUCACCGAUCAGCCGCAGACGAACAACUCCGAGGCCAAUAACAAUCCCAUCGUUCACUCCCAGGCUCGCUCCACUAUCGGGACCCCUUCGACUCCAAUAAUGCCGGGGGGCACGCCUGGAACUCCGUCUUCUAAAACAAAGGACAAAAUAAUGAUGAGAACGAAAGUGGUGGUGGCUCUGUACCCUUUUCGAGCGAUCGAGGGAGGCGAUCUGUCUCUCGAAAAGGGCGCGGAGUACGAGGUGAUGGACGAUUCUCAGGAACACUGGUGGAAAGUCAAAGACGAGCACGGAUCGAUCGGUUACAUUCCCAGCAACUACGUGAAGGAGAAAGAGCUACUGGGUCUACAGAAAUACGAAUGGUACGUGGGUGACAUGUCCAGACAACGCGCCGAAUCAUUGCUCAAACAGGAAGACAAGGAAGGAUGCUUUGUCGUCCGUAACUCUUCUACCAAAGGGCUCUACACGCUUUCCCUCUACACUAAAGUACCGCACCCCCACGUGAAACACUAUCACAUCAAGCAGAAUCCCAGAGGAGAGUUUUAUUUAUCCGAGAAACACUGUUGCGGCUCUAUACCGGACUUGGUGAACUAUCACAAGCACAACAGCGGAGGAUUGGCCAGCCGAUUGAAGACCAGCCCUUGCGAUCGACCUGUGCCGCCAACUGCUGGCCUUAGUCAUGAUAAGUGGGAGAUCGAUCCAGCAGAGCUGCUCUUGCUCGAAGAGCUUGGCUCCGGACAGUUUGGAGUUGUGCGAAGAGGAAAAUGGCGCGGUUCCAUAGACGUCGCGGUGAAAAUGAUGAAAGAGGGCACCAUGUCCGAAGAUGAUUUCAUAGAGGAAGCUAAAGUGAUGACGAAACUUCAACACCAGAACUUGGUCCAGUUGUACGGUGUCUGCAGUAAAGAUAGACCAAUAUAUAUCGUGACCGAGUACAUGCGACACGGAUCUCUUCUCAACUACCUCCGUCGCCAUGAAGCAACAUUAGGAGCAAAUGUUGGCCUCCUGUUGGACAUGUGCAUACAGGUUUGCAAAGGCAUGGCUUAUUUGGAGAGGCACAACUACAUCCACAGAGAUCUCGCCGCGCGCAACUGUUUAGUCGGCUCCGAAAACGUAGUGAAAGUCGCGGACUUUGGAUUAGCAAGGUAUGUGCUCGACGAUCAAUACACCAGUAGCGGCGGUGCUAAAUUCCCGAUCAAGUGGGCGCCGCCGGAAGUCUUGAACUACACUCGCUUCAGCUCGAAAUCCGACGUUUGGGCAUACGGAGUACUUAUGUGGGAAGUGUUCACUUGCGGAAAAAUGCCUUAUGGACGCCUAAAGAAUACCGAGGUCGUGGAGAGAGUUCAACGAGGAGUCAUACUAGAGAGACCCAAGGCCUGUUUCAAGGAAGUCUACGAGGUAAUGCGAAAAUGCUGGGCCCACUGCCCCGAGGUGCGACCAUCCUUCCGCGUCCUGAAGGAGCAGCUGAUCAGCGUGUCUCAAGGGCUGCUCAAUGAUUGACUCAACCUUCUACGGUGUAUGCGCCGGUCGUCGCCUUCAAACCGGUCAAUACAGGCGGCGAAGUCUCCAUCCCUAGAGCGGUCGCCCUCGAUCCUACCAUCCUCAAACUCCUCGUCGUCGUACAACUCGUCGACGCUGCCGUCGUCGCGCAAGAGCCGCGCGCCAGCCUUUCUGCCGCCAUCGGUCGAUUUUCUACAUCUCUCCUCGUCCACGUGUAAAUUGAAGAAAGAAGGGUCAUCCUCACCGAGUACACCCGGCCACCAACCUAGUCAACCAUCCUCAAGCUCGUCGAACGUCUGUGACAUUUGCAGUUCCUACGGACACCCGUGGAUUGAGAUUUGCAAGGCGAUACGAGCCACUAAAGGCAAAUAAUUUUUCUCUCUCUCGCGCGUGUGUGUGUGUGUGUGUCCCGAGUUAUCCGUGUCGUCGACUUCCAUCGCAGCUUGCACGCCGGAAGAAUCUUGAUGCAACAAUUGUUCAGCCUGCUACGCCACACAUCCACCAUCCUCCUCCUUCCCUGAAUCCCCGUCCCUCUCCCGAGAGCUAGAGAUUACCGGAUGACGCGCGUAAAACCCGGCUGCGAGACGUCGAACCGAGUUUCGCUUGGCAACAGUGCGCCGUGCAUUUGAAUUACAUUUUCUAUGAUAAACGGCACGGUGCGUAUUUCCAACCUGAAACGAACGUUCACGCAAUUUACAUGUCCAUCAGCAUUUUUAUCUUUUUUGUCCGCGCGCACGAGUCGCGCGACCCGCAAACACGCGACACAAUUCUGAUUCCCGUUUCGUACGUCGAAACUGUGCUCCGAGUUCGGUUUUACAAGCGCCGUCCGGUCGUUCCAAGGGUCGCUUUUAUUUCCAAGCGUCGAACAGAGAUUCGCCGCUGUCCCCCGUCUAAUCCCCCCCCGUUCCCGGUAUGAUUUUCAGUCUCUUGAUUCCAUACAACGAUAUGGAUGCAUUUACGAAUAGAACAGUAGUAUUUAUUGAGUGUCCUCGAACGGAUAUAACUAGUAAGUUGUGACUCUUCCGUAGGAGCAUAUACUGGUCCUUUUUGUUAUUGACUUUUUAACGGA